AUUUGGUCAUAUACAAAGCUCAAAUAUUUUAAAUACAAUGUAAAAGCGAAACCAUCUAGACAUCUAUUAAAAUCUGACAUAGUUCCUUAAUCGUGAUGGUAUAUUUAAGUUACAGAUGAUUGCGGUAGAUAACGAAGAUGGAUGAAGCAAGGUGUUUGGAGAGGCUAGUUGAACAGAGGUCUCACAGAAUAUCAUAUACAAGACUUUUGUCAUUGGAAAAAGGCCCUGCAAAACCAACACGUCCUAAAAGGAAAUGGAAAAAUAGGAAACCGGAGACUUUAGAGGUAAAAAAGGACUCGUCAGAUUGCAUUGUUCAAGAUGUAAGCCAAAGAUCAGACAAGAGUCUUCAAAGUAUUGAAACUGAAAGUAUGGAAUAUAAUACAAGUUCAGAAGGUGAAUCAGACGAUUGGAGUGAUGCAUCUGAUGAUGACAGUGGGGAAAAUGAUACUGAUAUUGACGCAGAUAGUGAAAUAAACAUUAAUACAUUUGAUGAGCUGAGUAAUAAAAAUGAAGAAUUUCGUGCUAAGGACACUGAUAGUAAUUGCAGUUCACUACAUCAAACAAGAGCACCAAGUAAAAAGCAAAAGAGAAAAAGACGUUUUAAAAGAAAAAUGUACUGGAAUAAUCAUUAUCCAUUACCUUAUAUAGAUGAUAACUUAGAGCUUAGUGGUGUAAAGGAGGAUAUACACGAGAGCGAUCUUAGUGUUAGAAAAAAGGUUCCAAGUCUUGCAGAACUUUGUCUCAUGAGCUCUAAAGGAUUGGUUUCAGAAAGUAAUACAUUGUGUAAGGCAUGCAGAAAAAUGUAUCGUGACAUUUUUACAGAAACAACUUUUCACAAAAAUCAGUUAAAAUGGUUAUUUUAUGUUUUGUCUUGUUUAGAACAAGAGGAAGAAAAUCAAGUUAAUGGCAUCAAGUAUAAACCGAUCACCAGAUGGGUUCAUCAUAUUGACAAAGAUGGUCUGAGUGAUAAAAAAGUGUUUCUUCAAUGAGAAACAUUUGGAACACCGAAUUAUAUAUGAAAAGAUAUGCAAAUACUUUGAUACAACCGUUUUAUUGCUGGGGUGACAACUAUAACAGUUAUUCACAUGUAACAUCGACUGUAUGCCUUCCAAAUUAUUGUCUAUCUUCAGUUUUCACAAAUCGAGAUGUUGAUAACAGUUACGUGAGCAGUUUGCUUGGACUGUCAGUAUUUGCCACAGCCAUAGAUUCUAUGAUACCUGCAUCUUAUAUUGAACCAAAAAGAUACAGUACAUUGAAAGGCAGAGUGAAGCAUAUCCUUCAGAAAAGAUUUCCAGUUGGAACCAAAGUCUGUUUUGAUAUAGCCAUGCCGUAUGUUUAUUGGGCCAGAGGAGAAUUAAAACUUGCUACAGAUCAUUUCUUGGCUCUAGUGCAGACAGAAAGGAGAGGGAGAAUUAAAGCAUUGUAUUUAAAUGAAUUAGCCCGAAUGCAUGCUCAAGUGGGCGAAGGAGAUCAAGCUGCUAGAUUUUACAGAAUGGCUAGUGAUGAGGCGCAGGAAAAAUUCAGGGAUUGUACAGCAGCAGACCAGAUAAGUGGUCAGACACAGAUGUUAUUGGCCAACCUGAAUGAUCAGGGGAUUUUGAACGAAGAGAAAGCAAGAAAGUCAAAAAGUUGCUGGAAUAGUAUAAUAUCCUCUCCCUAUUUCCACGAAGAGGGAAGUGAACGUGCCUCUAUCGAAGCGAUGUUGUGUUUCCAUGGUAACUGGUGGACAGGUGAAAAUUUGUCAUGGUUACAAGUUGCUGCUGAUUGUUUGAAAGAAUUGGUAAAGUCUUAUCCUGACCUACACUAUCAUUUGGCUUGUGUUUAUGGCUUUAUGGGAAGUUUUAUUGAAGCAGAAGCUUACAUUAAGAUGAGUGACUAUCACUUGCCAUAUUGUAAUACAAUUCCAAAUGAUAUAAAAAUUUCCGCUGCAAUGAGAAACUGGGGAUGUUUAACCUCAUUCAACACAAGAGCAAUUCCUCACUUGAAGAUCAUGUGGAGGACACAGUUAUGCCAUCCGUCAUAUGUCAGUGAAAGCAAGUAUGGAAUGGAGGUAGAUUUUUGUCCUCGUAACUUAAAUUUUCGUCUUAAUCAAGAAGGCUGUGUCACAGGAGAUAUGCAAAUGUGUUUACCACCAAUCAGAGCGGUGUGUUUAAAUCCAUAUACUGGGUGCUUAACGUUCAAUAGCAUUCCAGGAAAAACUGAGAGUUGGAUAUGCGAUGAAGGUAACUUUUAUAUUCCUACUCUAUGCGAACUAUACAGAGAUGAAGAUGGAAUUACAGUACAUAUGAAACAACAAAGUUUUUCAUGUUUUGAGAGUUACUACCGCAAGAAUACCAAUAAAUGUAUAACUAGACAUUCUAUGGUUUUUAAUUGGAAGAAUGGGGAAGGGCUUACAGAGAAAUUCAACUUGUUUUCGAAGAUUCAAGAUGUAAUGUACAAGGAAACAAAAAAAGAAAUUUUGCAGAAAGUUAUUCUAGACAAAGAUAAUCCACAACAGAAUAAACAAGAUGCUCUCAAAUACCUUGAUUUUGCCUAUAAACAUGGACGUUCUAUUACGAUCAAUGAGUGUAUGCAACAUGUCGCAUUUCUCAGAGGUAAAAGUAUUCAAGAAUAUUAUCAAAUAACAUCAGGUUUCAAACCAAAACAUCAACUCUCUAUAUAUAGAGGUCCGGUUAUUUAUGGAAAGUGUCUACUGUUUCUUAUUAGGUAUGGGACGGAUCCUAAAGACACAAUAAGAGUGAUUAUAAGAUGUGCUGAUAGAGAAAGCUUUAAAAGACCAAUGAUACAUAAACUAUAUCUAGGAAGAGUUAGCAUCGAAGAAUCAUACAAAACUGUUGGAGCAAAGUUAGCUUGGUGUGCAGAACAUGGACAGCAAGGUCAAAUCAUUUUGUUUAACCAGUAUGGGGAGAUUCAUGAACAAUUUCCCUUAAGAAGCAUUAUAGACAAGAAACAAUCUGAGAAGGAAGACAGUUGUUGUAUCAUGGGAGAAAACUUUGUUUAUAUUGACAAGAAUGACAGAAUGUGUAUAAGACUGGAACAUGAGAACACAAUCAUUGCAAAUUUGAAUAAUGUUAAAGAAAUCUUUGUUGUUAAUGCUGAUGUUUGUGUCGUCCAAGAAUCUAUGGGAGUCUGUGUAUUUAACAUAAGGAAAACCACAUGUUUGAAACUGAAUUUAAAGAUAAAAGAAAGCAUUGAAAGGGAUAUUUUAGUAAGAGAUGAAUAUGUUAUUCAUUUGGCACACAACAUUAGUAUACAUCUAUUGGAGACAAAGAUAAUAAAAACUGAUGAAAGCAUAAUUUAUAGAAUUGUACUGCAUGCCGAAACCUUGCUUUUAGUCAUUGAGAUAUCAGAACAACAAAGUAAUCAAUUUUAUGAGGCUUCUAUAACUACAGCAAUACAUCUGCCUGGUUAUCCAACAGAUUUCUGCUCUGUCAGCAGAAAUGCUGGCUUUUUAGUUUCUUGGAGACACGAUAAAGAAAUAAGUCAUAAGUAUUCAAGACAGCAUUUGUUUCAUUUUUCCACUGAAGGUCAGCUAUUAGGAACAAUUCCAUUUCUUGGUGAUAGUCCGUUCUCAUUUUUCCCAGUUUUUCUUGAUGGAGAUCCUAACAUUCUGGAAAAGUAUCCGGGCUAUGGAACACCAGGGUGGUAUGUUUACAUGCGGGAUGGACACGGAGGAAUAUUGUGUGUGAAACUACUGGAUUUUUAUUAAAGGCUUUAUAACAAUUCUAGUUUACAUUAAACAAAAACGAAAAGGAAUAUGAAAAAUGCCAAACCAUAUGUUAUAUAUAUUGGAUUGAAUUAUUAGGGAAUCCGUGAUAUAAGAAUUGCAUACAGACAAUUUGAUAUAAAUGUCUAAAUGACAUAAUUAGAUUAUACAAUUGUUUUAUUUUGUCAAUGAUUCGCAAAGGAAACAAUAUUUAAUAAUAAACUCAUUAUAGAUACCA